GCGCAUGUUUAUAAAAUGUUUAUACGCGCUGCGACUCGUUUCUAUUUCGCGAUCGCUAAACGUAUCCCAGUUCGUAUUAUCAGUCGGCAUGUUCGGUACCAAAUGGACGCCCGCUGCAUUUCGUUAUUGCUGCUCUGUAGUUUCGUUACGUAUUCUAAGAAUUCAGAUAUACCGAAAUUUGGACAGGCUAUUAGUAACCUAACAGUACCUAUUGGUCGGGAAGCAGUUCUAUCCUGUGUUGUCGACGACCUGAACACGUACAAGGUAGCUUGGCUGCGUGUUGACACUCAAACCAUAUUAACCAUACAUAAUCACGUGAUAACAAAAAACCAUCGAAUAGCGGUCACCCAAAGCGAUCGUCGUAUGUGGUAUUUGCACAUACGUGAAGUACAAGAGACAGAUCGAGGAUUUUACAUGUGCCAAAUAAACACAGACCCGAUGAAGAGUCAAGUUGGGUAUUUAGACGUCGUAGUACCUCCAGACAUCCUGGACUACCCCACAAGUACUGACAUGGUUGUCCGGGAAAAUAGCAACGUUAGUUUAAAAUGCGCCGCUUCUGGGUCACCGACUCCGCGAAUAACGUGGCGCAAAGAAGGCGGAGAAUUAAUUGCCUUAAACAAUGGCCAAGAAGUUUCAACGGUGGAAGGAUCCACUUUAAACAUAAGCCGAGUAAAUCGGUUACACAUGGGAGCUUAUCUAUGCAUCGCAUCAAACGGUAUACCACCUACAGUCAGUAAAAGAAUCAUGCUCAUUGUACAAUUUCCACCGAUGAUAUGGGUACAGAACCAGUUAGUCGGUGCUCAAAUAGGACAAUCCGUAACGUUAGAAUGUCUUUCGGAGGCGUAUCCGAAAUCGAUAAAUUACUGGACCAGAGAAAAUGGAGAUAUCAUCUCUCAAGGUACCAAGUACGAUACCGAGUUUACAGACAACGCGUACAAAAUUUUGAUGAAAUUGACAAUAAAAGCAGUAACGUCGAGUGAUAUUGCUACAUAUCGAUGUGUUUCAAAGAACUCCCUAGGAGAUACGGAUGGUACCAUUAAGUUAUACGAAAUUCCUGCUCCUACUACACUUCCAACGACUACUACCACGACGACGACUACGACUACAACGAAGCCACCGGAACAUCGAGGUGUCGAACCAAAGAAAAAAGUCCUCAAACCGAAACAAGAGACAAACAUCAAUAACAUAAAUAGCAAUACAAGAAUCAACGAAAAAAGUAUCAAAUCAGAAUACACCGAACGAGGCAGUAAGCCAUCCAAAGUAGCCAUUAUGGAGUCUGGUCACGUGCAAACCGUUUUACAUUCGUCGUCCAACAGUUGCUGGUGCUGUACUUCGAAUCGUAUUACCACGUUCACCGCAUUUACCACAUGUAUUAUCUUAUCUAAGCAUUUAUUAUCGUAUUUUAAAUGUAGUAUAUGCUAAACCGAUAUUAUGCACUUUGUUGUAAUGGUGCCGGUGCCAUGGCCAAGCAACCCUAUCUGCGCCUUGGAUGAAAUCGUCGUGUGAUAUAAGUGAGUAGUUUUCUGUUUGGAGGAAAAAAUCGUCUGUACAUUCCCCUAUCCCCAUUCGAAUAUGUUUUUUCCUUUUUUUUUUUUUUUACAUCGUAAUCCUGUUAUUGUGUUUUUUGUUUCUUCGUUACAUUUUCCGAAAUAUAAUAAAUUUUCCCAUUUACUCUGCCCUCCGCAAUCUUCCCUGUUCCUCAUACAGAAUCAGAAACACACAUGAGGAAGUGUUUGAGAGAUUUCGAACAAUAGAGCAUAAAAAUUUCGUAACGCCCUAUCGUAUGUGUUAAAUAAAGUUACGCGUGAUAUCAUAUACAUAAAUUUUUGUUCAUAUGUAAUAUAAAUAUUUAUUUGUAUUAGGAUUUAAGUGAGUAUAUAUUUACUUAUAUACCAUAUUAAUUUAUAGACAAACUCAUUUGUUUUCGUUUAUGUUUUUUUUUUUCGUUCUUUUUUACGAUGCAAAAAUUUUGCCCAUAAUAGCUUUUGAAUUUGGAGAUGUUAAUUUUGUUCGAAGGAUACAAGGACGCCAUCUGUAGUUAAGCUUCGUUACCAAACGAGCGUUACUUUUUUAUCGUGUUUUAUUUUACCUAUACAAUUUUAUUAAUAAUUUUUCGGUUUGUUUUUUUUUGUUUCGUGUUGGCGAUUUUGUAACCUUCUUGUUAUAGCAAAUAUUGUUACUUAUUUUGAAAACAAGUUUUUGUAUGUAAUUGUUUAUGAAUUUUUUUUCUAGGUGUAGUAUUGAUUAACAUGCCAUAUCAGUGUAUUUGUAAAAUAUACGAAUUUUCCAAUA